UCAUUGUUAUUUUUGUGCAAUGGUUUCAGUAAUAUUUGUGCUUCUGUAUUGCUUACAUCCUUAUGAAAACCUUAACUUUCCUGACUUCUGUUGUGCUGCUUGAGACCUCAUUUGCCCCUUCUUGCUUUGUUUCCUCUGUGCUGCCUACAUCCUGGGGCCAAAUUAAGCAGUGUCUGAACAAGAAAGAGAAUCCGUGCAUCAUGAACGCAAUUGACAAAGAUGAUAUGUCUUCCGAUCUGUUAUUAACAACUUUGCCUGGUUUAGCUGUCUUAAUUAGCCUCAAAUUAAAUACGUACUUUGCAGUGUCUAGACUGCGUCUGCCUAUGGAAAUAGCAGGUGGCUGCGUGGUAUCCAGAGUUUCGGUGGAAGUGGCCAAGAGCAAGAGGAUGGCGGAGCAUCGCUGAGGCCCUCCCAAGCAAAGUUACGCUCGGAAGGAGCUGUGCUGAAUGGUGAGCAGGAAGGUGUCUGGGUCCCGGUGGUUCCCUCGCUGGCACGGCUCUGCGGUGCUGCUUCACUCGUAAAAUCAGGUCGACGGGAAAUGUCAACCGUGAAUGAGCCGAACUUUCUGCUCUGCCCUGCGGACCCGGGAUAAGGAGGUGAGCGCGGCGGCGCGAUGCGGACGCCGGCACCUCGGACCGACCCGGGCGGGAGGGAUGGACGAGCUCCGCUUCUUGGAGAGAAACGCUUCCCUGUGCUUGGCGAUGGCUCCCAGACAGCUCCCUUCCUCUGGCCUCUCUCUGCUCCCGAGAGCAACCGGGGCCGAAGCCCCUCCGUCGCCCAGCCGCGGGUGCCGUGGGGCAGUGCUGGGCUCCGCUCCGCGCUGCUCCCCCGCCUUUCCCACCCUCUGCCAGUGAGAACUUUGUUACGCGGAGACGGAGGGUUGUUUGACUUGGAUCCUGACCUGUUGCCCCUUUUCCAGUACAACUGCAAGCAGUUUGCCAGCCCUCAGGAGUGCCUCUCUGCCCCUGAGUUCCUGGAUCACAUCAGGAAGGUGAUGCUGGUGAUUGAUGCUGCUGUGAGCCACCUGGAGAACUUGUCUUGCCUGGAAGAGUAUCUCUGCAACCUUGGCAAGAAGCACCAGGCAGUUGGUGUGAAGACUGAGUCUUUCUCGACUGUUGGUGAGUCCUUGCUGUACAUGCUGGAGAAAUGCCUUGGCACUGCCUUCAGCCCAGAGGUGCAGGAGGCUUGGAGCAAACUCUACAGUGCUGUGGUGAAAGCCAUGCAGCGCGGCUGGGACACCCACCCAGAAGGGGACUAGAUCUUGCCAGCCAUCCCCAUCCCUGACCAUGCAGCAGUCCUGAGCACAGGGAGCACUCACGCCACACUCUCUGCCUCUCCCCACCUGUCUCCCUCUGUGCACCAGCCCAUUGCUGUCUCCACUAGUCACAUGUGCUUUGGGGCUCUCACAGUGAUUCAGCCUUGCUUCAACCCAUCUCUGCCUUUGCUAAGGGCUGGCAGGGUAUGUCCCUGAAGUGAGGCCUGGGUGUGCAGCAGCACAGGUAUGCCACUCUGCCUCAAGUUCCUUUGGGCUAGUUGGAGCACCAACACCCAUGUACCUACUCUGGUUUUUAGCUGGCUCAUCUUCCUUCCUCUGACUACCCACCCUAGUUAGGUGACAGCUUGGGCUUAUUUGCCCGAGGUCCUAUUUGCUCUGCCUGUACUUGCCAGGUCUGGCACUGCUCGCUCCUCCUGCACUGCUGUGUCUGGUACAGCUGUGGCAGUGAUGGAUUUGGCUCCCUCCAGGGGCAGGGACAGAGGUAGCAGAGGUGAGGGCUAGUCACACCAUGAGGCUUUUCCCCCUUUCCCUUUACCAACACAUCACUAACAGACGGUUAAUCCUGGUGCUCUCUUCAGUCUUGCCUCUGCCCUAGAUGGGAUCCAUGGUUUUCCCUGUGUCAGGUUGGCCACAACUCAGUAGGUUUCCUAGGGAUGAUUCAAGCAGUGGUGUCACAUUAGUCUGGGCUGCCAGCUGAAAGGCUUUGUGUUGGUUUGGCCAGUUGGUUUAACCUUAGAGCCACCUGAAAUGCAGCAGCAGUGUCUGUUUACUGCUUUGUGUUGAGGAGAAUAAAAAAAAGGCAAAGAUGUCUUAAAAUAAAAAUGAAGGUUGCAAUCAUGUCAUGGCAACAGCUUCCAGAAAUUCUGGCUCUUGGCCAGAGGAAGCAUAGCUGGAAUCUUUCUGCUGAUGCUGUCAGAACCUGGAGUGCUUCCCAGCUGCACACAGUACCCAUGUGCAGAGUUGCUCACCCUCACAGGAAUGAGAAGAUAGCAUCUGCCAGAAGAAAUCCCAGAAAAUGGCUAAGAAGCAGUACCUGAGGGCUCUGGGGGAAGCUGAGCUUGAGCACUUUAAGAAAGUGUUCAUCUUUAUGUGGAAGUCACUGUGGAACAGGCAGAACCAUGUUUCUAGCCAUCACUAGCCCCAGAGCAAGUACAUGGAGCAAUUUUUCAGUUACAGGGGGGAUGGACAGGAGGAGGCUGGUGUUGAGGGCUGAGAUGGUCCUGUUCUGGACACAAAUUCCUCCAAUACUCAGAUAUCCUCCAGGCUGGGGCAGGAGAAGGCUCCCAAGCCCAUGCCAUGGAGGGAAUGAUGGGUCUCUGAUUUCCUGAUACCAGGCCUGAUGGUAGCCAUGGACUUCAGCAAGCAAAGAGCCUUCCAGCUGUGUUUGGUAGGCAAACUCAGAGGUGUUGUAGAUCAGGCAGUAAACAUCCCCAUGUUCAUUGUUCUCCCCAUGGUACCAUGUUCUGCUUCUGCAGUGCUACACUGUGGUGCUGUGCAUUCUGGCCUCUGGCUCUCUCCAUCUGCUGGAUGAGGAAAAGUCCUCCCCAUUCUUGCACCCAGCAAUGAGGGAUGGAGGACCCAGGCCUGGAGGGAGGCACUAGCUGUGAUGGCAUGAUAUGGGGCAGAAGGGUUUGGGAAUGCGAAUGUCCUCUUUGCAACCCUGUUCUGGGGCAUCAGCCUUCAGCAUCAUGGGAGUGUGACACCUUCUGGCUCUGUGUGACAAGUAGGCAGCUGUGUGAUGGGUGGGGUGUGGGUGUUACUGCCCCAAACCAUUCCUGCUCCCUCUAGCUUUCCCAGCUCCUUGACUUCUCCUUUUCUGUGCCACGUUUUGUGUAACUCCCAAGAGAACUGAACUAGUUUGUGUGCCUCUUAUACCCAGCUGUACUGUUUAAUAAAGAACAAGAGUGAAUCUUA